AAUGGGCUGUACACUGAGCGCCGAGGACAAGGCGGCGGUGGAGAGGAGUAAGAUGAUCGACCGGAACCUGCGCGAGGAUGGAGAGAAGGCGGCUCGCGAGGUCAAGCUGCUACUGCUGGGUGCCGGUGAAUCUGGGAAAAGUACAAUUGUAAAGCAAAUGAAAAUUAUCCAUGAGGCUGGUUAUUCGGAAGAGGAAUGCAAGCAGUAUAAAGCAGUAGUCUACAGCAAUACCAUCCAGUCAAUUAUUGCUAUCAUUAGGGCCAUGGGGAGGUUGAAGAUAGACUUCGGUGACUCAGCCCGGGCGGAUGAUGCACGCCAACUCUUCGUGCUUGCUGGUGCAGCUGAAGAAGGUUUUAUGACUGCAGAACUUGCUGGAGUCAUAAAGAGAUUGUGGAAAGAUAGUGGUGUACAAGCUUGUUUCAACAGAUCCCGAGAAUACCAGCUUAAUGAUUCUGCAGCAUACUAUCUGAAUGACUUGGACAGAAUAGCACAACCAAAUUAUAUCCCAACUCAACAAGAUGUUCUCCGAACUAGAGUGAAAACAACAGGGAUUGUUGAAACUCACUUUACUUUCAAGGAUCUUCAUUUUAAAAUGUUUGAUGUGGGAGGACAGAGAUCUGAACGGAAGAAGUGGAUCCAUUGCUUUGAAGGAGUGACUGCAAUUAUCUUCUGUGUAGCACUUAGUGACUAUGACCUGGUUCUAGCUGAAGACGAAGAAAUGAAUCGAAUGCAUGAAAGCAUGAAGUUAUUUGACAGCAUAUGUAACAACAAAUGGUUUACAGAUACAUCUAUUAUACUUUUUCUAAACAAGAAGGACCUCUUUGAAGAAAAAAUCAAGAAGAGCCCUCUUACUAUAUGCUAUCCAGAAUAUGGAGGAUCAAACACAUAUGAAGAGGCAGCUGCAUAUAUUCAGUGUCAGUUUGAAGACCUCAAUAAAAGAAAGGACACAAAAGAAAUAUACACCCACUUCACAUGUGCUACAGACACCAAGAAUGUGCAGUUUGUUUUUGAUGCUGUAACAGAUGUCAUCAUAAAAAAUAAUCUAAAAGAUUGUGGCCUCUUCUGAGUUUUGCAGUCAAUGGUAAAAUGCAUUUUUCAAACCAAAUGAGUACCUAUAUGUGGAUCUCUCUAGACUAGAGUCUUGCAGCAACACAGAAUGUAGUAUACAGCAAAUGCCGCUGGGACCUGACCAAAGUUGUUCUUUUUUAAAAAUAAAACAAAAAAAAAAAUCCCUUAAACUAACAGAAGGACCUUUCUUACACGUGAAAGGCUCCUGCUGAGUGCAACUGAAGGACAGUGUUAAAGCGGGGCUCUAGUGUAUUGAUGAUUUCUGCUAAGUGUAAAUAUGCAAAUGUAUGUACAUGUAUUUAUUAGUUUUUCACAUUACCUUUAGAUUUUAAGAACGGCAUCUUAAGAUUUUAGCGUGAGUGGCUUGGGAAAUAACAGAAAUACCGAGUACCUUGUGCCGAAUGACAGACUGUUGCCAUGUUUGCCAGUUUUAAAAAGCUUUAUUUAUGUUCAUGUCCUAUAAAUUUUUAAGUACAGUAACUAAUACUAGGAAACAUUGCAGACCUUAUCUUGAUAAUAUGUAUACUUGUAAUCAUAAAAAAAUGUUAUUUGUA